CCGCGACGGAAAGUCCACUUCGGUUUUUGUGUGAAGCUCCAAAAAUCUAUGAAAUGUGUUUGCAUGUUCUCCAGGAGCGAGGAUGUGGAGGUGGGAUAGAGAGACUCGAGAGGUUGGAGGAGCCCACGCGCUCGCUUUUGGACAAAGUGCGUUCUGCGCGUCUCUGCCGGUGUUUGGUGUUUAUUGAAGGAAACAGCGAAAAGAUUUUUACCUGGAAUUCUCAGGGCUUUGCAGACGACGGAUCCGUAAGAUGUUCAUAAGACAAAAAUAGUGUGGACCACAUCUCAAGCUGGUUGGUUCUCCAGCUGUGUACACAUCAAUUUUGUAUUGGCUUCAAUCAGAGGAGGAGCACUGCAGCUCUAUAUCCCCCCCUUUUAUCCACACCCCCUUAAUCCCCUCCCCCUCACGCUGUGGCCCAUGUCUGCCAGCGGAGGGUCCAUGGAGGGAAGCCGAGCCAUAGAGGACGAGGAGGCGCAGGACAGGUGCUCCGGGGAUGACGAGUCAUCUCCAGUGGUUGAACGAAGAAACCGCAGCGGUAUCAUUAGCGCUCCACUGAAUAAGAGUCUGAAACGAUCGCGAGCUCUCUCGCAGUACAUAGCAACCUGCUCGGCUGCUGCCGUCGCUAGUGUUGCAAACGCUAACAGACUUGCUCAGAGCUCUAUGGUGGCAUCGGGUGUCAAAGCUCACUCCACACCCGGACAGCACAGAGCACAGGUUGGGUACGCCAAACUGGACCGGGGUGCUCUAAUGUCUGGUCUACUGGACUCUCCCAGCGGCCUUCAUCUCGCCCAAGCCGCUGAGCUUCUGCGCCGGGCGGGCAUGCUACUUCCUGUCAGUGACCCGCCCAGUGGCAGUGUGGGCGAGGAAUUGGAAACGGUGUCAGCUUCUGAUUCGCUGGGCAGUGUGAUGGACUUCCCAUUGUUUGGCAACAGCGGAUUGGGCGUUAGCUUUCCGUAUCACCCAGGGCUCUUCAUCAUGACGCCAGCGGGUGUGUUCCUCGCUGACGGAGCGCUUUCUCAAAUGACGGGUGCAUCAGAACACCAGCAGACACAGAACGAGAUUUCAUCGGCCAUCAGCGCCAAUGGGAAGAAGAAACGGAAGCGCUGUGGUUUGUGUCCACCUUGCCGGCGCAGGAUUAACUGCGAACAGUGCAGCAGUUGCCGCAACCGGAAAACUGGCCAUCAGAUCUGCAAGUUCCGCAAGUGCGAAGAGCUUAAAAAGAAACCUGCAGGUGGGCUGGAGAAGGUGAUGCUACCGACUGGAGCUCCAUUCCGGUGGUUUCCGUAGGGCAGCUGGACCCUCCCUCUGACUUCCACAUCAUCAUGAAAGACUAGCAAUGGACAGCAAUGCCACACUCACUCGGACUGCCAUGGACUCGUAAACACUGGGUGUAAACAAACAAAUAAAAUAAAUGCGGAGCGGUAUGAAAGUGCUAUUUGAGAAAAAACAUGUCCUGUACCAAAAAUAAACAGUGAAUGGCAGAAUGUCAUUCCAUUUUUUUUUUCUCUGUUCCAUUUCGGAACUGGAGUUCUUCUUCAGAAUCUUGCCCUUUAUUGGAUGCUCUGGAACUAUUUGCCGGCAAAUUGAAAAUGGACAAUCAUUUUAUUUGUGUGUUUAGUGGUUUUGUUUGUCCAUGUGUGGAGAAAUGCCGUAAUUUCGUUUAGAGAAUGUAAUCCCAAGGCUCUGUUUUAAAGCUUGUGAUAAUUAAGGAGCACUAUUGUAAUUUAGCACAGUGGUUCUUAAUGACUGCCUCAAUGUUACGAUUGCCUUUUUAUGUUAAGGGUUCUUUUUAUUUGUCAUACAGUUUUUGAAUUGCUCAAUAUUUGAUACAAAGACAACCAUGAUUACACACAAGAAAAAAAAAAACACUUAAAUGUAGCAUCCCUCACUCAAAAAUGCUUGAAAGGUCCUUCUGGGGUUGUCUUUUUGGUUGUUUGAUUUAAAAUGUUGACAACAAGCUGAAACUUUUAUUGUAUUCUGCACUGAGGUCUGCUGGGAUUGGAGGGAGGGUGAAGUCAAUGGAAUUGAAUAAUUUCAGUAAAUGAGUGCCAGCUAUUUGCAGGACCCGCUUCUUUUUUGUGUAGCCUUAUUGGAUAGGUCAAAUGGAAUCACACAGUCCUUAACAGACCAGAACUCCAAAAAUUCAGGACAUUUUUAAUGUGUUAUGAUACUAUUUCUAUGAUUAGGAUGUUUUAUUGCUGAAUUACCCCAAUGAUGGUUGAACCAGGUCCUGACAAGUUCCCAAAUUCCUUUGGGCCCUUUCACGUGAUUCAUGUUAACAUUCCGCAAUUCAUUAAACUCAAAUCGUCAAGCUACAGUGUUACACACGGCACUGUCUUCCGCGCUGGUUAAACGUAUCACAAUGCUCAAAGUUCAAAUUAUUUGAACUUUUACCCCGUUUCCCAAAUACUUUUUUAAAGCACAGCCAAUGAAUAAUAAAUUCUUAUUGCAGCCUAGUAAGGUUUGUUAUCAUUAACAAAACUUUUACCAAGACGAAAAUUAGAAGUGUACAAAUAUUUUCGUUAACAAAAAUAAAAACGUGAGUUUUUUAAAAGAACAAAAAAUAACUGAAACUACAAUUGUACAAUAGUUUUUGUAUUUCUAAUCAAUUUAAUUGAAUUUAUUUCAUUAAUUCUGUAAAAACACUGGAAAUCUGAAUGUUCAUGUACCCUGAAAUCGACCCCAUUCUGCUGAAUUAUUGAAAAGCGCCAUCCCCAAUCAUACAUUUAUUCAUCAGUUCAGAUGAGAUUACAUUUCCCUCUGGUCCAAGACACGGGUUCUAUUCCCACAGAAAUCAGGAAGUAAUCGUGUUCACAUAAACAAUGAGCGCAAUUAGGAGGUUGCAUUUUUACUCCACUGACAGUUAGGUUUAGGUUUGGGUUAGUGUUAAUAAAAUAUGCAUUCCUGUUGUCUGUAACUCACAUUUUACACCAGCCUGUGGACAUUUCACCCGGAAACUGGAGCUCACACGUGCCCAUUUGUUCAACGACACUCGCCAAAUUCACAAUGCAAUCAGUCUGGCCGAAACAAAAUUAAAAAUACAAAUAAAAAUAGUACUUUCCUAAAGAAUUUCCUAACGAAAUUAAAACUAUGUAUGAGCAAGAGCUGAAUAAAGUAAAAUUAAAAUUAAACAUUUUCAAAGCUAUUUUAAUCCAGUUACCUAGCAAAUUCGCAAUGCUUUUCAUGUGGAGAUCAAAGUGGUGCAUGAUGCUUGUUGAAGCCUUGACACGAGUCAUGUGAAAGAGACUUUGGGCCAUCCAGAAAACAUGGAGACCAUGUUAGAAAAGUAAAAUUUUUGGUGGCUGUAAUUGUCUUUUGGUGUUCUUCUCUUUUUUUCUGCUGAACAGGUCUGCCCCAGCUCAAAUACUGAUUUAUAUUAAUUCCAAGACCUUUAAGAGUGAAAUGCACAAGACAAACCCCAACAGCAGGCAAUUCCCAUGCUAAAUGGGGGCCAAAUGUAUUGUCAGCAUAAAUGAAUGCAUGUAUUUGUGUCCAAAGCCAACCGUUCUGAGGUCUUGGCAGUCCUCUAUUUAAUAAACCAAGGUGCAAACCAAACAGUUCUCUAUUUGA